AACAAAUCCUUAGAUGGAGGAAAUAUAUACGGAUAUACCUUAUAUUGCUUUCUUUAGAAAUACUAGUUGAAAAUUACAGGUUCGUUUUUGAAAUUUGAAUCUCUUUCGUCUCCUCCUCAACACAAACUGCAAAAACCACUUCCAUCACAGCAAAUUACAGAAAAAACACCCUCAUCAAUUUUCGUUGCUCGGCGGCCAUUGGCAUUUGCCACUACUACUGUCACCUCUUUCUCUCUCCUCUUUUUUUCUCAAGAAUUGUUCAGAAGCAGUGCUUUCUUUGGUUGACUGUAAAUUGAGGAAUUAACAAACACGAUUUUGGAUUUUCCGCAUCGAAUUACCUUCUUCGGGAAUUUUAGGAGCAGAUGAGAAUAGUGAGGGAAAAGGGUUGCGGACAAAUUUGAGUUUUUUAGGUUAGAUGGAAAUCAUUGAAUUAGUAUUGGUUUAGGAGUGACAUCAAACUCGUAAAAUGGUGAAAAAGAAGAGGAAUAGUAAGCAGCCUUUGUCUUCACAUGAUAAUGCAACUAUUGUUGAUGAAAAGAAACCUGAAGAGGAAAAGAAUGGAGAUUCAUCGACGGACCGAGAAUUUGAACGCCAGAUUGCUGCCAUGAACGCUAUUUCUGACAUGGAGGCUGAACAUCUUUUAACUGGACUGCGCUUGAUUCGUUCAUAUUUCAAUGAGGAACAACUCAAAAUGCCGGUCCUGCAAUUUUUCAAGGAGAAUCUUCCCAAUGUUUCAGUAGUUAGAAAUGGUGAAGAUGAUCUUUUUGAUCUUAGAUGGAAGGAUGUAGAUGGUGAUUUGUCUGCUUAUACCAAUGGUGGUAGAGAUCUUCACGCUUCUCUUUUCCAACACAUGAGUAUGGCUUAUCCUUCAUGUUCGGAUGUACGACAAUCAUUUGGUGGUUUUCAAUUUUCAGCCAAGGCUAUGAAAAACCUAGUGGGUGUUGAUGAUCAGCAGAUUGGGUCCUACUUAUCCCAGGAGUCACUUAAUACUAUGAUGCUUGGGGUACCCGAAGGUCUUCAAACUCCUGGGGCCACAAGCCAGCGAUUAUCCAUAGGGAUGACACCCAAAUCCCGUAGGUUGCCUAAGCAUGGUGAGAUGCUUCUUUCUCUACAUGGAUCCCCCCUUGGUGUCUAUAAAGAAGAUAAUAUGGAAGCAAUAAACGAGUCAGAAGAAGGCUGACUGUCUUAUCCUUAGAUUGUUAUUGGUUCUGCAACCAGAAGAUAUGGAAAUGCAUUUUUUUACUUAUUUGAAGUUGUCCAAUGAAGCUUUGACAUAAUACAUCUAUUGUUUAUCUAACUUUGGUCUUGCAGUGAAGAAUUUAGUUUAGUUUCCAUCUGCCAGAUAUGUGAUGCUAAAUCGUAUGAACAUAUAUAUCCUCAACGGGUCUAGCUUUGUAAUCCACUUUAACUGUUGUAAUAGUGUGUGCUACUCUAUGUAUCCAUUCAAGUUGGUGAAAUCAAAGUUUUUCCUCUACAAGACUUGUUUGCUACUUAUAUCCUGCAUUUUUCUUGACAUAACUCCUAGAGGAUAUUGGCUAACAUGAUCAAAGCUUGAACUAUGUUUGUCCUUGUGGCUCUGUUCGGCUGUUUCUUUGAGCUCGUUGUUUAUGCAGCUUCAGUACAUUUUUAAGAGUCCAGUUACGAUUGAUACUUGAGAAGCUUAAGUGGAACUAGGAGGUGAAGCUAUUGCAGGAGGUAUUUCCAAAAUUCACUUUUGUUGUGUGUGUAAACUGAACAUUUCAUACAAUCAUAUUCAUAUACUACUCUUAAUUAGAAUAACAAACUUCUCUCUGUUUAAGAAGUGGUGAGACUUUUCUAAUAAUGAUUAUCAAUGUAGCUAGUUAACGUGUAUGGAGCAACAUGCUUUUAUGUGCAUGGAGUAUCCCUGGCUCAGCUUACAUUUUCCCUUGAAGUCCUGAACUAAAAAAAACUGGUUCUUUUUCUAGUAUGUGAUGGGUUUUUAGAUAUCAUGCUUUGGUGCUGUUGAAAGUAGAAACAUGGGUAUUUUGAGGUAAAAUGGGAAUCCAGAUAACAUAUUACAAGUGUGUGUAACCAAGCAUAUGAUGUGAAAUUGUGAACCUAAGUCCUGUUCUUAUGGAAGAAAGGUUUGCCAAGCUAUUAGAGUAAAGAGAUUAGAGUAUGGCAAUGCUUGAAUUUUCCUGAAUCUUUUAUAUAUAUAGAUAUAGAUUAUAUUUGUUUAGAGUUGAAGAGGGUCUUCUUCUCCAUUCCUGUUACUGUGGAUCUACUGGGAUCUCUCAUCACUGACCUUCUAACCUUUAAUUUUAUCCGUAUCAAACUUUGGCUCGAUCCUUAAAAUUCCAGCUAAUCUAGAUAUUAGCAUGCAUUCUAAAGGGUUUAUUACGUGAAGAUGCUGGCCAGUAAUGCAAAAUAAUUUUGCUCUCUAGUUAGGUCUUUAAGUUCAACAACUUUGUAUGAAGCUUUGGCUAGGUUAAUUACCUCUCUUGGACUCUGAGCUUGGGCUCUGAGUAUUCUCCCUUAUCUCUAGCUCAAUGCUUAGAGUCUUGGGACUGUUUAUAGACUUCGGAGCACUUUCAAUGAAACUAGUUCAAAGUUUGUUUAAGGUUAGAACUAUGCUUUAUUAAAAACAAAAGAGGGGAGAGGUAAACACAGUUCGUUUAGAUCAGGCCAAGAAAUGGGAAAGCUGGAAUAUAUUCGUUCUUGAAAACUAUGCUGCUGCGAACUAACUUGAAAGCAAUCAAGUAAUUCUGAUUGAUUGGUAAGGAGUCACACAUCUCAUUUAUUUGUCGACUGACAAACACAAGGAGUGUGAAAAGUGAUAAAUUGACUGAUAGCCUAAAGGUCUUCUGAAGCAGUGCAUUGAUUUGUUAACUGCACAGGGAAAAAAUUCAUCUGAAACAGAUAAACAGAUAGACAUCUAGAGCAGAAUUAUUAUCCUGACGUGGCAGGUCAAGGCAUAAUAAUAGCUUCUGGAUCUUGUAUUUACCAUCUGGUUUUCCGAAUUUUAGCAACCUUCUACAAUCUAAACUUGACUAUUAUGAAGAGGGACAGAACAAAUGUGAAACAAUGAUGGUAAAACAAGGAUUUGGAAAGAAAUUUUCUUCCGAAAAAGUAAAGUCUAUACUUCAGAAUUGGCGAUAAUUCACAUCGAAUUGGAUUUCUGUAGUUCUGACGUCUCAAUAUGGCUCAUAUUUGAGUUUCCUUGAGAAGAUUUCAUGAUCCUUACAUGUUUGUUUGAAGGUAAAUGGGAUGAAGAUAACAAUUAAAUGCUCAAUCACUGUUAAUAUUGUUUUCUUAAUACUUUCAGGAUAAUAUUAUUUUUAGAUCUCCAAGGUUCCAACUCAAGAUAGUAAUAUGCUGUGUAUUAUGGGGGAUAUGGAUGUUGAUGAAAUAAGUUACUCAAGGUAAUUAUGGGCUUAAUUGCUCAAUAAAAUUUACUUUAGUUCGCUUUAUUUCUAUCCAUUACCCUAGAGCCGUGUAAGAAGGGGAAACAUUUGUUUUCUACUCCUUUUUCAUGUAUUAGACUUUAUCCUGUUGCUUAUGGAGCUACAAAGGUGCUUGGUUCUUUUAUUUUUGUGAUAGAAAUGUAUGUAAUCAAACAUGGAUGGUUACGUACUUACAUACCCUCUUUUUGUCCUACCUCAAGAUUACUGUUAAUCUGUUAUUCGGUAAAUAGUGAUUGCAAGCUCAAAGUAGUGAGUGUACUAAUACUGGUUGUGUUAUUGACACUACUUGACAUUGUUACUCAGUUUAGGAUCUCGAAGGGUUAACAUUUGAUUAAAUAACACAUGUAAAAUUAGCAGCUAGAAUUGUUUUUUGUGUCUUACUGCUUUAGAUUCUUUUUCAUAUGAAAGUAUUCCAAACUAUGUGCGAGUUGUUUUUCAACACAUAAUGGUCAUUCUGAAAGUUAAGAGGGCAAUUGAUUUUGGCAGUUGCCUCAAAUUUAAUAUUUAUUGUAGAUCUUUUUUUUUUGGUAUAAAGAUCAUGAACAGCCAGUGGAUAAUAGAUAUGUGCUAUUGAGAGAUUGUUGAUGUACGUUUAUUUGGUUCUUUUUGAGGCAGUAUUACUUGGUUAAUUGAGACUUUAUGUCGAUGCUACUUACUCAAGUUACAGGGACACUUCUGGAUAUAGUCUGAAGAAUCGAUUUUAUAAAGUUAUUAUUAUGUAUCAGCAUCACAGUUUGAAGAUGUGGUUGCAGGGCAAGGUAUGAGUCCAAAGAUGAAAGUUUUUUUGAGUUUCCUCAAACUUUACAGAGGAUCGUUUCUCCUAAAUAUUCAUUUAGGGAUUGUCAUAUACAUAAACAUGUAGUUAGAGACACCACAACAAACACAUAAGAAUGCAUUUAAAGUAUUGAUGAAGAAGAGAACACAGCCAUAUUAGUAAACUUGGUCGGCCUUCUUUUUAUAUUUAGGUGCCAAUCUUAAGUACUUCCUCAGUCCAUAAUUGACCUUCUCAUAUUGAUCUUUUGGAAUCUUUGAGAUCAAAGUUCCCUUAUGUGCUUUAAUCCAGUAGCUGAAAAAUGAAAUAGCAAGAAGUAGAAAAGUAAUUUGUCCAAGAAUUACUGUUAAAGACAAGCCCAAAAGGCGGAUAUGGCUAAACACUUUAAUCAACUUAAAUUUUAGAUUGAUCCUGAUCAUAAUUUACGAACUUAACUUCUGAUUUUUUGUUUAAAGUGAUCAAUCUAGUAGGAAACAUAUGAGAACGUAACUGGAAAAGACAAUAUCCUUCCGCUCUACAUGUUCCUGAUCUGGAGACCCCAAGGUACGCGCAACUGUGCAAGUGAUUAAGCACAAACUACUAAUGCUGUGGGUGCCGGAUUGUGUAUGCAUUGGAGAUUCUAUAAAUUCCUCGUGCAUCGAGAUGUAUAGUUGUUUUUGGUAUAGUAUCUAAAUACAACGAGCUUGGUUUGCUGCUGUGUAUUGGAUACAUGACUUACAUGUCUAUACUGUUCAUUGUAACAAUUGCUGCAGUCUGCAGCCUGCAAAUUGUAGAUUAAGGACGCACCAUGUCAGAUCUGCAUAAUGCCAAAGCUGUUCUGAAAUCGAUCCCUAAAUGUUAUGGUGGAUCCUUGUUUUGAUUGAUUGGUAGGGAUUGCACAGAAAAUCCUUGCAUCACACUAGACAUGGCUUUGUCAAGGUGGUUCUUAUGUCAAUGUCUAAAUCCCUCUCUUUUAGACAAUUGAGCUCGGUUGCUCCCCCUUUCUCCAAAUGACAUUUGGAUAAAGAACAGCCUAAUUACUGUCCUUGACAGUCUUUGUCGAUUCAUCCGGACCUCAUAAGAUCAUUUCUUUGUUUGGGGACCAUCUUCACAUUGCAAUUAUUUAUAGAAAGAUUGUUUAGGACAUUAUUAUCUAGAUUGAUAACUUUUUUGGUUGCUGACCAUAUUCUUAUUUGAUGAUAAAAUUUAACAGGUCACCUGGCACUUUGAGGCAUGGUUGGGAAGAUGGGACAUUCCAAUGCAAAGGUGACCUAUCAACUCUUGAUCUAUGUAUUAAACCUGAAAGUUACAAGGGGGUGACCAAUAUCAAUAGAAGGACGUGAUUACCUUUUUCAAACAUCUCCAAGUGACAUAAACGACUAUGAUGUAAGUUGGAGGGAAAACUAAGGUUCAAAUCUUGCCACAUAGAAAUGUAAAACUAGUUGAACGUUCAGCUAAAUUUGUUUAGGAAAAAUUAUCAAAAAUAAUCUCAAGUUUGGGCCAUUUUUCACCAUUAAUCCCAAAUUUUUUUAAUUUCAAAUUUGUUUAUUGAAUUUUAAAGAUUUUAUUAUUAUUGUAGUAAAUCAACAUUUUUUGGAUCUAAGCUUGUUUAGAAGCCAUAUGUAAUGCAUAAUUCUAAAUUUAUUCAUAACCAUCAUUCUGUCGAUUUA